GGAAUCUUGCGUCAGUUUCAGUAAAAUCCACUUUCCCUGGCGGCAGGGACAGGAAUCCAAACAACACAGUCUGCUGCGAAACCUCCAGUGCUGACCUUCAGAGGGGAUUUGGUUCUGACAGAAAGGAAAGGUGCGAGUCCAGCCUCGCUCGCAAUGUCUUCUCGCACCGGACUGCGCAUGCAGCUAAUGCGGGAGCAGCUGCAGCAGGAGGAGCAGCGAGAGAGGGAGCAGCAGCAGCAGGCAGCCUUGCAUUACAUGCAGCAGCGCAUGGCAGUCACUGCCACACCUGCCAUCAACGUCAGCAACACUGCAGUCUUCCAGCCCAGGCCGCAGGUCCCUGUGGAGGUUCUAAAGGUUGAGACUCACCUGGAGAAUCCCACAAAGUAUCACAUCCAGCAGUCACAGCGGCAGCAGGUGAAGCAGUACCUCUCCACUACAUUAGGGAACAAGUAUGCUGCUCAACCCCUCUCGAUGGGCCACUCCCACCCUGUCCAGCCUUCAGCGGUCUCCCCUGGCCUGAGGAAUGAUCAUGUGAUGUCCAGCUCGACUGGAAACAGUGCUCCCAACAGUCCCAUGGCCAUGCUCAACAUUGGCUCGAAUCCAGUACGAGAGAUAGAUGAUGUGAUCGAUGAUAUAAUUAGCCUUGAGUCCAGCUAUAAUGACGACAUUCUGGGAUUCACUGACCCUGCUCUCCAGGCACCGAACACUUUGCCACUUUCCACUGGUCAUUUGGAGGUUUACUCAAGUCAUGGCAUUGCAGCCCUCACGAGUACUUCAUGUCCGGCAAAUAUCACCAUCAAAAGGGAAAUGUCAGAUGCAGAAGCACGGGCCUUGGCUAAGGAGCGACAGAAGAAAGAUAAUCACAAUCUGAUUGAACGCAGGCGAAGGUUUAACAUCAAUGAUCGAAUAAAAGAGUUAGGAAUGCUUAUCCCCAAAUCCAACGAUCUUGACGUUCGCUGGAAUAAGGGAACGAUAUUGAAAGCUUCUGUGGAGUACAUCAAAAGGCUGCAGAAGGAGCAGCAAAGAACCAGGGAGAUGGAGGGUCAAUCGAAGAGGCUGGAGAUGACCAACAGCCACCUCCGCUUUCGUAUUCAGGAACUGGAGAUGCAAGCACAGGCCCAUGGACUAUCCACCAUCUCCCCCUCGGGGUUAAACACAUCAGAGCUCACCGGCUCCUCCUCCAUCAAACCUGAACAGAAUGUCAUGGACAUGUUUCAACACCAGCAGCACCAACAUCUGCAGCCUCCCCAAAACCAAGUGGACUUUCCUCAGGCCCUCGACUUCUGUGACAGCUCGCUGGGUUUCACUGACCCCAUGAACCAAUUCACUGACCUCUCCUUCAGCAUUCCCACCAAAAAGGAAUACCAGCUGGAUGAGAUGCUGAUGAUGGACGAUGCAGUCUCUCCCUUGGGGAGGGACCCCUUGCUGUCCUCGGGGUCACCAGAGGCAUCGAAAGCCAGCAGCCGAAGAAGCAGUAUUAGCAUAGAUGAUGCUGAUAUUCUGUGACACACUCACACUCACACUCAGAGACACACACACACACAUACUCACACAGACACUCUCACAUGUACACCCACUCCCUCUCACACCCACUCACUCUCACAGACACAGUCACAUACAUACAGACACUCUCACACGCGCACCCACUCACUAACACACAGACACGCUGAUACAGUAUAAACUAUUGGUUAGGGCUCAGCCUUUUAAGGUUUGGAAAUAAUGCCUUGAGCUUCAACUGAAUUUGAAGAAUGUGUCAAACGUUCCUCUUUCUUUCUACUGGAUUCUGAGUUUGAAGAUUUUCAUAUUGUCAAAUCAUUUUGCAGACCAUAUUUUACAGUGACGUAGUGCGACUGGCUUUCCCUCUGUCUGUCCUGUUUGUAUUGUGACCCUGGGGCCUGUUUACUGAUGAUUCCUCAACCCAGCACUUCCAAAGGAGGGGAGCAUUGUCACAGCUAGGGUGCUCUCUCUCUCUCUCUCACACACUCGCUCUCUCUCUCUCACACUCUCUCUCUCACACUCUCUCUCUCACACUCUCUCUCUCUCUCUCUCUCUCAGGUAGAUCGAGGCUAUCCUCUUUCUAAGAGAUGCCUUGGCCUCAGGCACCGUUUGUGUCUUUAAAGAAAUCCCCAGUGAGUUCAGUGAAAUAUCUGUGGGGUUUCUGUGGGAUGGUCAGUACCCACAUAACAUUUCAACAUUUGAUUUUCAAAAAUGCCUCGGAAUUGUUUAAAUAUACAAUGUCCCGCAGUGGUUUGUUGAGUUGCUGUUGAUUUUGGGGAUGUCACUGAGCUGUGCUGACCAGCAGGUUUUGGACAAGUCCUUUGCCUGCAUUGAUUAGCUGGGCCAAGGAGACAGUGGUACUCAAUACCUCUGAUGCAGAAACAGAAAGCUCUUGUCUCUGUUAAUUACCCUGUGAUACCUGUGGAUCCCAGUAUUUAGGAAAUUGGGUUCUGGCUCAUGUAUCCUCUCCUACCACCUUAAUGCCAGUUCUCUGGGUUAGAGAGGCGGCACGGUGGCACAGUGGGGGCGGCACGGUGGCACAGUGGGGGCGGCACGGUGGCACAGUGGGGGCGGCACGGUGGCACAGUUUGGGCGGCACGGUGGCACAGUGGUUAGCACUGCUGCCUCACAGUGCCUGUCGACCCGGGUUCAAUUCCCGACUCAGGUGACUGACUGUGUGGAGUUUGCACGUUCUCCCCGUGUCUGCGUGGGUUUCCUCCGGGUGCUCCGGUUUCCUCCCACAGUCCAAAGAUGUGCGGGUCAGGUGAAUUGGCCAAGCUAAAUUGCCCGUAGUGUUAGGUAAGGGGUAAAUGUAGGGGUAUGGGUGGGUUGCGCUUCGGCGGGUUGGUGUGGACUUGUUGGGCCGAAGGGCCUGUUUCCACACUGUAAGUCUAAUCUAAUCUAAUACCUCACAAAGAGUUAAUGGUUACUCUUGUCAGAGAGCCACAGAAUUGUUACUGCACAGGUGGAGGCCAUUUGGUCUGUUGUGCAUGUACUGGUUCUGUUACCCAGUGCUGACCUCCAGCCUUUUCCUCAUCUCCCUGCACACUAUUUCUGUCCAAACCAUUUUGACUGCCUCAGUUGAACCUGCGUCCACCACAUGUCUAUACCUUGUGUCCCAGACUCUAACUACUGUAUCUGUUAGUUGCUUCAAAAGGCAAAAGGUGAGAAUUGAAAGUUUCUGGGGCUGCCUUUCUGUGAUGCUGACCCUGUGGAUUGCUGUCAGGUCAAUAUGCCAUCAGAAAUGGUGUGAGUGGGGUCAGGGACUGUUGGUUGAGUAUUAACUUGUCAGGGAAUGUUGGGUUUUGUAGUUUUCAAUUGUUCUCUGGUACUUUUGACUUAAAUUCAGAGAUGGAAGAGCAGCCAACUGUGAGGAGCAAGGGGCUCCUAUCUCACUGGCACAGUUUCAUUUGGAUGACCUGAACAAUCUGUGCACAGUUUUAAUUGUAGGCCAAACCGACUCCAGCAGCAACUCCAAUCAGUAAGACUACUGGACAGAUGGGGCUCGAGGAAGUGAUAAACACAUUUCACUAGGCAAGGAGCUUGAGAGAAGACGAUCAGGAGGUAUACUGACCAACACAGGGAGGGCACCUGCUUUUCCUUGCAGUUAAUCAACCCCUUCCCCUUUCAAACAUUACCCUGUUUCAUUGCCCAUUCAUACAGAUCAUUACAGCUCACUGUAUAGAGCCAUUCUGUUUAUCCCCCUCUGGCAUUUUUCCAAUUGCCUUUGAUUUGUAGCCCUCUGGUUACUGCUAUUGGAAACAGUUGUUUUUUUUAAUCUAUUCUAUCACACGGUGGCACAGUGGUUAGCACUGCUGCCUCACAGCGCCAGGGACCUGGGUUCAAUUCCCGCCUCAGGCGACUGACUGUGUGGAGUUUGCACGUUCUCCCCGUGUCUGCGUGGGUUUCCUCCGGGUGCUCCGGUUUCCUCCCACAGACCAAAAGAUGUGCGGGUCAGGUGAAUUGGCCAUGUUAAAUUGUCCGUAGUGUUAGGUAAGGGGUAAAUGUAGGGGUAUGGGUGGGUUGCGCUUCGGCGGGUCGGUGUGGACUUGUUGGGCCGAAGGGCCUGUUUCCACACUGUAAGUCUAAUCUAAUCUAAAAAAAAAACUCUUGAUGACUUUGUGCAAUUUCAUUGAGUCACCACGUAACCCUCUCUGCUCUUGGAGAACAAACCUAGUUUGUCCGGUCUCUACUGGGAAGAGAAAUUCCUUAUCCCCCAAUUGUCCCUCAUUCCCCAGAACAUCCUUUCUUCAAGAGGACUUUCCAAAUCCAUGAUCACGUCCAUCAGGAAGGAUAAGGACAACAGAUACAUGGCAACACCACCAGCUGCAAGUCCAGUCUAAGUCACUCACCAUCCUAACUUGGAAAUAUAUCCCCAUUCCUUCAGUGUUGCUGGGUCAAAACCUUCAAAUGUCCUGACUUACGGAACUGUUGCUAUUUUUUUGACCACGGGGAUUACAAUGGUUUAAGACAAUAGCUCUCCAUGAUCUUCCUUAGGGCAAAUUAAGAUGGACAUUACCUUCUGCCCUUAUCUCAAUGGUGGCAUCCCUGGGACAAAUGAAAACAUUAAUAGAACUUCUCUAACUUUCUCCAAGACCUUGACUUCAUGCCCAAAGUAUGGUGCCCCAUGUUGGACACACUAUCUCUGGGCAGAAGUGGGUACUGCCGAUGCUGGAGAUUGGAGUCAAGAUUAGA